ACCGAGAAAAAGUCGAGCGAACAAAUAAGUUGUAUAAAAAGAAGUUGGAAGUGUCCGACGUUUACAACCUCAUCGAUCCAUGGAGCAGCAUGUACAGGAUGGAAUUUACAGCACGAUCGUCCCUUUAUGUAUCGAAUCAGUUGAACGCCUGUCGGCACCAGUCAACCAGAAUAAGCCCUAUGCCAGCACUUGGGGCUCUUUGCCAAAAGUACACAAAAACGACGAAAUACUGCUUGCUGAGCAAGCGAUCGUGCGAUCGACUUCAUUUCACUUUGAUCGGUGCGAAGGCAACUGGACCGCUUCAAUUGUCAUGAUUCAAUUUGGAAUAACAAACGCGGUGAUAGUACGAGUUCUCACCAGUCAGUAUUCGAUAAUAUCCAAGCAAACUUUCCUGACAUACAUGAGACAUUGCAAAAUCCAAGAAGAACGUGGCGAGCGUACCCGCAUGCAAACGAUAUUCUCCACCAUCAUGUUUCGCCCAUAGGCGAUAUUGCCUCUACUGCACCACCCAUCAAUGCACGACAAGAAACCUCAGCAUACCGCAGGACUUUAUCACCAUCUCCUUCUUCCAGCGAACAAUCAUAUCCAACUUCUCGAGCGGCACAAGCAAUAUUAUCAGCAGGGAGCUGGAUAUGUUGGUUUAUCGGAGCUGCGAACAAAUGCCC